AUGUUAACAUUUGCUUGCAUAGUCUUUUAUUUACCUCGUUAUCGUGUUUGUCGUUUAAAGCAGAGCAUGAGAUUUCCAAGGAAGCAAAAAACUUGUUCACAUUGUAAAAAAUCAUCCAGUUUAACGUUUAAUCCUUUCCACGGUCUCUCUGUGUGUACAUGUGGUCAUUCUGUCAAAGAUGUCAUUUCUGAUGAGUCAGUUGCACAAAAUGAUUAUUUCGGUUUGAAUAAGAUGUCUAAAAAUCCGAUUACUGGUCUCCAAUGGUUAUCGAAUGAGUGUGUUGAGUUAUGUUCCGUGGUUAAAAAGGUUGAAUUAAAAGCACAUGGACGUUUCGGUCAAGUGUGGCUUGGUCGGUUUUCAUUACCUGUCGAUAGUCAGAAGAAUUCAAUUCCUAAUCCAUCAAUGUCAUCGUUGGAUAAAAAUAAUAAAGAGGUAGAUGUAGCUAUCAAGAUAUUCACUUCAACCGAGAAGCGUAGCUGGGAAGCAGAGGUUGCAAUUUUCAAUGUAUCAGGUUUAGAACAUAUCAAUAUUUUGAAAUAUUAUGGUGCUGAUCAGGUUGUUGUAGACAAUUCUGUUGGAGAGGAUAAAUUAGAAUAUUGGUUAAUUACGGAAUAUCAUCAUUUAGGAAGUGUAUACGAUUAUCUUCAUGUAUACGAUAUACAAUGGGCAGAUUUAUUAAAAAUUUGUAUUGGAAUAUCUCAAGGAUUAGCACAUUUACACAUGGAAAUUCCAAAUUUAUCAAAGCCAAGUAUAGCUCAUCGUGAUUUAAAUUCUCGUAAUAUACUAUUAAAGGCUGAUCUUACAGCAUGUAUUGCUGAUUUUGGUUUAGCAAUUCGUUUUGAAGCUGGUCAGUGUAUGCGAGAUGCACACUUGCAAUUGGGUACUCGUCGAUAUAUGGCACCUGAAGUUCUUGAUGGCGCUAUUCAGUUCUCAAAGGAUGCAUUUCUACGCAUUGAUGUAUAUGCGAUGGGUUUAGUGUUCUGGGAAUUGAUGAUGCGAUGUUGUUGUGGUUUUAACAAGACUUCAAUAAUUGAUAUUACAAAUUAUUUAGCACCAUUUGAAUUAGAACUUGGUCCACAACCAUCAAUGGAAGGUCUACAACGUUGGGUAGCGCAUGCAAAACAACGGCCGAAGUUCAAUCCUCAAUGGGCCUCAGAUGUAGGUUUGUGUACAUUAUGGGAAACUGUAGAAGAAUGCUGGGAUCAAGAUGCAGAAGCACGUCUUUCAGCUGGUUGUGUAGCUAAACGUCUUACAUUAUUACUUCAUCAAUCUACAAUAUUACAACAAAUCAAUGAGAAAAAUGUCAACACUUAUAAUAGUAAUAGUAGUGGUGGGGAUAACGGUAAAAAUUCUACAAAUCCUAUAAAUAAUGUUUGUUGUCCCAUAUCCACAUCGAAUGAUAAUCAUAAAAAGCAGAUUCUGGACAUCCGAUUUCCUCCUCCUCCUCCUCCUCGUCUUCUUCACAUUUAUAUUCUAAAAAUAAUAGGUUUACCUCAUUCACUUAAUGAUGCUGUCUUCUCAUCUACUGUUCAUGAUAAACUAAAUGAUGGAGUCAAUAUGAAAGCUAUUCAACAAACAAAAGAAGAUGAUACCAAAGUAGGGCUACAACAAAACCGACAAGAAAUGAAUGAAGAAUGCACAGAACAUCAAAAAUUAUUGUAUCCUACCGCUUCUAAUUUGCAUUGA